AUGAGCGGGUCGCGGAAUAACCGUGUGAUGGUGGAGGGGGUCGGGGCCCGGGUGGUGCGGGGCCCCGACUGGAAGUGGGGCAAGCAGGACGGCGGCGAGGGCCAUGGGGGCACCGUGCGCAGCUUCGAGAGCCCCGAGGAGGUGGUGGUCGUCUGGGACAACGGCACCGCCGCCAACUACCGCUGCUCCGGGGCCUACGACCUCCGCAUCCUGGACAGCGCGCCCACCGGCAUUAAGCACGAUGGAACCAUGUGUGACACCUGCCGCCAGCAGCCGAUCAUUGGGAUCCGAUGGAAAUGUGCCGAGUGCACCAAUUAUGACUUGUGUACAGUCUGUUACCAUGGGGACAAGCAUCACUUAAGGCAUCGUUUUUAUCGAAUCACCACCCCAGGCAGUGAAAGGGUACUCUUAGAGUCUCGUCGAAAAUCAAAGAAAAUUACCGCUCGAGGAAUCUUCGCCGGUGCCAGGGUGGUGCGAGGGGUAGAUUGGCAAUGGGAAGACCAAGAUGGUGGCAACGGGCGUAGAGGAAAGGUAACAGAAAUUCAAGACUGGAGCGCAUCCAGCCCACACAGUGCAGCCUAUGUUCUGUGGGACAAUGGUGCUAAGAACCUUUACAGGGUCGGCUUUGAGGGCAUGUCUGACCUGAAAUGUGUCCAGGAUGCCAAAGGAGGUUCUUUCUACCGAGACCACUGCCCUGUUCUAGGGGAGCAGAACGGUAACCGAAAUCCGGGUGGGCUUCAGAUUGGUGAUCUCGUGAACAUAGAUCUUGAUCUGGAAAUUGUCCAGUCUUUACAACAUGGUCACGGAGGGUGGACCGACGGCAUGUUUGAGACUUUAACCACAACCGGCACCGUUUGUGGCAUUGAUGAAGAUCAUGACAUUGUAGUGCAGUACCCAAGCGGCAAUAGGUGGACCUUCAAUCCAGCUGUCCUUACUAAAGCCAAUGUGGUCCGAAGCGGGGACGCCGCUCAGGGGGCCGAAGGGGGCAGUUCGCAAUUUCAAGUUGGCGACCUGGUGCAAGUCUGUUACGAUCUAGAACGAAUUAAACUUCUGCAAAGAGGGCAUGGCGAGUGGGCAGAAGCUAUGCUGCCUACCUUAGGAAAAGUUGGCCGGGUUCAGCAGAUUUAUUCUGACAGUGAUCUAAAGGUGGAAGUUUGUGGAACCUCUUGGACGUACAAUCCCGCGGCGGUCUCCAAGGUGGCGUCGGCAGGAUCAGCGAUCAGCAACGCAUCUGGGGAGAGACUGUCCCAACUGUUGAAGAAGCUGUUUGAAACCCAAGAAUCAGGGGACCUCAAUGAAGAACUCGUCAAAGCUGCUGCCAAUGGCGAUGUCGCUAAAGUCGAAGACUUGCUGAAGAGACCCGAUGUGGACGUGAACGGACAGUGCGCUGGCCAUACGGCUAUGCAGGCCGCGAGCCAGAAUGGACACGUUGACAUCUUGAAGUUACUCCUGAAGCAGAACGUGGAUGUGGAGGCAGAGGAUAAAGAUGGAGACAGAGCCGUCCAUCACGCGGCUUUUGGUGACGAAGGUGCUGUGAUCGAGGUGCUUCAUAGAGGGAGCGCAGAUUUGAAUGCCCGUAACAAACGCAGGCAGACCCCGCUUCACAUCGCCGUCAAUAAAGGCCACCUGCAAGUUGUGAAGACUCUGUUGGAUUUUGGCUGCCACCCCAGUCUCCAGGAUUCCGAAGGCGAUACUCCCCUCCACGACGCAAUAAGUAAAAAGCGGGAUGAUAUCCUGGCAGUCCUGUUAGAAGCCGGGGCAGACGUCACCAUUACCAAUAAUAACGGAUUCAAUGCUCUCCACCACGCCGCACUACGAGGAAACCCCAGUGCCAUGCGGGUGUUACUGUCCAAACUCCCCCGCCCGUGGAUCGUAGAUGAAAAGAAGGAUGAUGGCUACACCGCUUUGCACCUGGCGGCGCUCAACAAUCACGUAGAGGUGGCCGAACUGUUGGUGCAUCAGGGCAGUGCCAAUCUGGAUAUUCAGAACGUAAACCAGCAAACGGCACUACACCUUGCUGUGGAAAGACAGCACACCCAGAUCGUGAGGCUCUUAGUCCGAGCAGGUGCCAAACUGGAUAUUCAGGAUAAAGAUGGAGAUACUCCCUUACACGAGGCCCUGAGGCAUCAUACUUUGUCACAGCUCCGCCAGCUCCAAGACAUGCAAGACGUGGGAAAGGUUGACGCAGCCUGGGAGCCGUCCAAGAACACGUUAAUAAUGGGGCUUGGGACCCAGGGGGCGGAGAAGAAGAGCGCAGCAUCUAUUGCCUGCUUCCUCGCAGCCAACGGUGCGGACCUCGGUAUUCGGAAUAAAAAGGGGCAGUCUCCUCUUGACCUCUGCCCGGAUCCCAGCCUCUGCAAGGCUUUGGCAAAAUGUCACAAAGAAAAAGUCAGCGGUCAAGUGGGCUCCCGAAGUCCUUCUAUGAUCAGCAACGACUCCGAAACCUUAGAAGAGUGUAUGGUGUGUUCUGACAUGAAGCGAGAUACUCUUUUUGGGCCGUGUGGACACAUUGCUACGUGUUCCCUGUGUUCUCCACGAGUCAAGAAAUGCCUUAUCUGUAAAGAACAAGUUCAAUCCAGAACAAAGAUUGAAGAAUGUGUGGUGUGCUCCGACAAGAAAGCCGCAGUGCUUUUCCAACCUUGUGGCCAUAUGUGCGCUUGUGAGAAUUGUGCUAACUUGAUGAAGAAAUGUGUGCAGUGCCGGGCCGUGGUCGAACGGAGGGUGCCUUUCAUUAUGUGCUGUGGAGGGAAAGGCUCAGAAGACGCCACGGACGAUAUUUCAAGUGGAAACAUUCCAGUUUUACAGAAAGAUAAGGACAACACUAACGUCAACGCCGAUGUCCAGAAACUGCAGCAACAGUUACAAGACAUCAAAGAGCAGACGAUGUGCCCCGUGUGUCUGGAUCGCCUGAAGAAUAUGAUCUUCCUCUGCGGCCACGGGACGUGCCAGCUCUGUGGAGACCGGAUGAGCGAGUGCCCCAUCUGCCGCAAAGCCAUCGAACGCAGGAUCCUCUUGUAUUAAACCCAAACUCCACGGGGGCUGGUAAUAGCGAAGCCGUGUCCGCGGAUUUGGUCGUCUAGAACUUAACGAGCCUCCGAGGCCAGGGGCGGUUCUAAAGAAUUUAUUUCUAAUGCAGCAGGUUGUAAUUUCUCCAAGACCGAGAACGCACCCCAAACCCGACAAGCUAUGAAGCAGUAUUCGGACAGUCUAGUUUUGAACAUCGCUUGUCCAGGCCAGCCAACCCUUGUUUAAUUUAAAGCAGUUUUUCCAUCGCCACCAUCUGACAAAACCUCUUUGUAAGGGGACACUCUUCUCUAUUUUUUUUCUUAAUUUUUUUUUAUGGUACCAUUAUGUUUACUGUCACAUAAAAUCUCAAACAGCAAAUGACGUUCUUUAUCAUGCUGUCAGCGAUUGUCUUGUACAGGUCUCCGGACCUUGAUUUCAUUUUUCUCAUUAGUGCCCAGUGAGCGGAACAUAAAAUCGUGCCCGUUAACAGUUUUUCUUUGAAACGUAGAAUGAAAGAAAGGGGGGAAAAAAGUCAAUCCUUUAACUCUCCUGAGUUGAGAUCCACAUGACAGAUGUUGUGAAAGGGAUAUUACUGAUUUUAAGAGGAUGGGAGUUCAAGUUUGAUUUUAUUGUCCAUGUAAUUAAAUUGCCUCUAGUAGGUUUUUCAAGGGUAAUUUGAAAAUGGAGACUCAACAAUGACCAAUCAGCAUCUCACAGCAGAGACUGUUUUUCAGCUGUUUAGGAAAGAAAACAUUAAGGAACUUGUGCCCGGGCAUCAACUGCCACAUGUAAUACUAACGGUUGGAGUCUUACUGAAAAAUUGAAUAGAUGAUCCCAGUGGGAAAGCCAAGGGAAAAUCCGAAAGCUUACAAAGUUCUUUAGAUCCUAGUUGAAUCACAGUUGUUUUCGUGUUUUUAUUUCUACGUGUAAGGCUGGCUUAAAGGUGACUUCCGUUAAACCAGUCGAAACCCUUUAUGUUAAAUCCGUCCUGCAGAAAAUUCUCAGUAAACAGGAAGGGAGGUGUAAGGCCACUGGAUUGCUCAUACUGGACUAAGCCUUCAAAUGACAGCCAGCAUUAAUCUAGGCCAUUUGAAAAGCCGUUUACCGAACUGGCCUUCCAGGAUUUUAUAACGGUGCAAGAGCGCGUCGAGAGAGAAGGCAGUUUUCUCUCCUCCCCUUCCUUUCUCUCCUUCCCCUGUCAGGGAAGGCCCAUACAAGCUGGAUUCGGUGCCACUUUAAAUGGAUUUACAGCGGGUGAACGAACAGCCUCGUACUUGCAAAGCGGUUGUCUGAGCCAUCUCUGGGCAGCCUCCUCCAGGAAAAUUUGUCCUUCUCCUCUGAAUAUUUUUAUUUUUCUUCCAGCCCGGGCCCUAGAAAAGUUUCAGAAAUAGAUAUGCUUGGGGUCAACACGAGAGGCGAGUGGAUUCUUGGUUUAAUUACGGAAGAGUGGAUCCUCAGUUUAGUUUCUGCUUGAACUGAAAGGAUGUGCCUGCAGAAAUCAGCACUGUCUUUUGCGUUGGGAAUAUCUUUAAUUGCACCUGCAAAAUCAAAACAGUGGCUGUUAUCCCUGACAGGAGUCUGCAGCCAUGCAAGAGACUACCUGGGUCCUACUCUGGGUUCUGCAUUGGCCUUUUUAUUCUCUCCCCCUGCCCCCAAGGGUGAAUUUCACCACCAGUGGUGGCAUUUUAGAGCACAAAGUACAGCUGUAUAUAAAUUCUGCAUAACUUUUUUUUAUCUUUUUAAGAUACUUGUGCAGCGCUUGCAUUAUUUUAAGCCGUGGGUAGAUGCAGAAUAGGUUGGGCAUUGUCCACCGUGGGGCUCACAGUCUUAAACCCCAUUUUACAGGUGAGGUAGCUGAGGCAU